AUGACAGUGAAGAUCAGCUCAUACCUGGGUACUACGCAGCAAGUUCACACCUGCACCUUGGAGCCUCAGUCUUCAAACUCCACGGAGUUUUCUGGGUGGUCCCAGUCAGAGCUGUGUCAGGCUUUUUCUCGUGUCUUGCUUGAUGUGGAAAAGACAGAUGGGGAAGACAUGGAUGUGGAAGAUGUUGCUGACCCAAACCUCUACAGUGACUAUGUGAAGGACAUCUACAAAUAUCUGAGACACCUUGAGGAAAAUCAGUCUGUCAGACCCAAAUAUCUGACCAGCCAGGAAAUUGAUGAGAACAUGCGUGCUAUGACAGUAGACUGGCUUGUGCAAGUGCAUCUGAAAUUCAGACUCCAGGAGGAGACCCUGUACAUGGCAGUUGCCAUCCUUGAUCGCUACCUGCAGGACAAUUCUGUUCCCAAAAAUAUGUUGCAGCUGGUUGCUGUCACAGCUAUGUUUGUUGCCAGCAAAUAUGAAGAGGUGCUUCCCCCCUGUACUAGAGACUUUGCCUAUGUAACUGAUAACACUUACACAAAGCUCCAAAUCUGCCAGAUGGAGACAAAGAUCUUGCGAGCCCUGGACUUUGGUUUGGGUUGCCCACUCCCUCCACACUUCCUAAGGAGGGCUUCAAAGAUUGCAAAGGUGAACUUCAAACAGCACAUUCUGGCCAACUACCUGAUGGAGUUGUCCAUUGUAGACUAUGAUAUGGUGCAUUUCCCUCCAUCCAAGACUGCAGCUGCUGCUUUCUGUUUGGCUCUGAAACUCCUCAAUGGAUGCAAGUGGACACCAGUUCUGCAGCACUGCACGUCUUACACCGAGAGUGACCUUCUCCCAGUCAUGCAGCACAUAGCGAAGAACGUCAUUCUUGUGAAUGAAGGCAAAGUCAAGGAGAUGGCCAUCAAGAUGAAAUAUGCCAGCAGCAAAAACAUGAGGAUAAGCACCAUUAAGCAGCUGAACUGUUCUAUGAUACAGAAUCUAGGCCAACCUCUGAUUAGCAAGCUGUGA